AUGCAGUGCAAGUAUCUGAACAUGAAGCUCCACUGUGUGAUCCUGGUUGGUCUCCUUCUCCUGCUGCUGGGGGGCUGUGGCAGCACACUCAAGACCUCUGCCAUCGACCUGAGGACCUUCAUCGGCUGUGCCGUGCGGGAAUUCACCUUCCUGGCCAAGAAACCCGGGUGCCGGGGGCUGCGGGUGACCACGGACGCGUGCUGGGGUCGCUGCGAGACCUGGGAGAAACCGAUCCUGGAGCCGCCUUACAUCGAGUCCCACCACCGUAUCUGCACCUACAACGAGACCAAGAUGGUGACGGUGAAGCUGCCCAAGUGUGCCCCUGACGUGGAUCCCUUCUACACCUACCCCGUGGCCAUCCGGUGCGACUGUGACAUCUGCUCCACCGCCACCACCGAGUGUGAGACUUACUGA